UACAAGCAAAAUGCUAAUUCAGUUCAUAGAACGGAGUAAUGCUGCCAAUUUCAGAUAAACUCCUUUGAGCUACAUGUGAUUUUUGUUGUUGAAAGUACUCUGCUUUGCUAAUUUCUUACAAUACAUUUUUGUGUUAUGAUUUGUAACACAACACUGAAAAAUUAUAAAUGGCAUAAUGAAAUCAGAAUAUAAUGGCAAAGAAAGGACUGUAGAUCAGCCACAGAGUGCAUAAUCUGCAUGCAAAAGCUCCUAGGUUCGUUCCCCAUCAUCUCAAGGUAGGGCUAGGAAACACUCCUGUCAAACACCAAAGAGUAUACACCAUUCUGAACUGAAAGGUCAGCUAUGAUAGAUCUGUUGCUGUUGUUGCUAAUAAAGCAAAUCUAACAAUUGAAAGCAAAAGAGAGAGUCCUAUACUCAUAAGUAUAAGACUUCCAGAGGGGCAGCUGUUUAAUUUGUUGCAGCAACCAUGAUUAUGUCUUAUAGCAGGAUGCAUUUGACAAGUGGGCUGUAGGUGACAAACACUUGUGCCACACUAAAUGUGUUAGUCAUUAAGGUGCUACAAGAUUUCCAUUGCAUUACUAUAGGAGAAAGACAAUGAUCAAAUACGUUUUCAUUAAAUGCCUUGGAUUUUUUCCACCAACUUGAUUGUACCUUGUUGUAUUUUUGUGUUCAUGUGAAGGUCUUGCAGUGCCUCCCUCCCCAUCAUUAUAUUUAAGAGCCAUAUGCAAUUUGAGUGUGUUCCCCUACAAACCCUGUGGCAAACCUGGGAUUUUAAUGAGCAGCUGCUGGAUUUUAUCAGAAUACAUAUUGCUAAAUUUGUGCAUUCUUUUGCUGUUUUGUUUUUACUUUCAGAAGCGUUGUUGCUCCCUGGCACAAAUAUUACAGAAGGCUUUUUAAUUUUUAAAGGAGCAACAAAAUGUAACAGUACUACUAACUUUAUAAUGUAAAAUUAUUUUAGGCUCUUCUCCCACUGCCUCCUAAGACACUUAAUGUCUCCUUCACCAUCACCUUUUCCUGCAGGUCCCUUUGUACUUCUAUUGUGUGUGAAAGUUGCUUUGAAUCAUUUCUAUGAGUAAAGCACUUUAAUGAUGUUGUUGUUGUUGUUGUUGAUGAUGAUAGUGUAAGGCAGCUGCCUCAGAUAGAGUAGAGUAAGCCACCUGCUUCAAGUAACAAAGCUUGGGUGCCAUUAAAGGGCAGGAAAUUGAAAGCUCUGUAAUUUUAUUACUAUAUUUGUAAUGAGGGGGGUGGCAAUUAGAUUUUUAUGCUCCAUACAUCAGGCUUCCCCAAACUCGGCCCUCCAGCUGUUUUGGGACUACAACUUCCAUCAUCCCUGACCACUGGUCCUGUUGAUGAUGAUGGGAGUUGUAGUCCCAAAACAGCUGGAGGGCCGAGUUUGGGGGUGCCUGCCAUACAUAUUGGGCUGGCCUGAGCAAGGACAUGAUAAGCCUUGCCUCAACAUAGUCACAUUCUAUGAAUGACUGGCUUUACAUGUGAUACAAACUGAGGCCAAUGCUUGUCUGUCUUCUCUGAAAUGAAGCAGAAGCGUAGGUUUAGCAAGUUUUCUAUUUAGCAAGUAAUAUUACUUCCCACUAGUGUGAACAGUGCAUUGGCACUUGGAGAGCCCCUGAAAACCUACAAUAUUCUUGGUGCUACAGAGAUGGGUGAGAAAGAUUGAAUCCUUUUGUUUGUUGUGUUGAGAGAGAAAGAAAUGCAAUUUCUCAAAGGUCAAAAAUGAUUAAACAAGAAGAAAAUAAGGCGGGUUAGCUAACUGCUUGUUAUCAAGCUGCUUCUGGCAGAAAAUUCAACAUCUGGCUUUUGCUUUUUUUAUAUAGCACAGAUAAUACACAGGCUCAAAAGUGACAGCAGGAUCAAAGGCGGGGAAAAAAAAUCAACAAUUAAAUUACAGUUAAAUGUUGAAAAUAAAAUGACACAGGAGAAAAGGGGUGAAUUUUCACCAAUUCCAAAGUAGCCAGGACCAGCAGGUGACCUAGACGUGAUCUCCUAACAUGCCAGUGCUCACACUCUGGCUCAACAAUCUUUCUGCUGGGGAGAAUAGUACCAUUCCAUAUUAUCUGACUUGCAAUUUGAUAUGUGCUUAAAACAUUAUCCGUCUGAGAUAUGUACAGUGUUUCCUUCCUUUCCCACCAUUUUUUAGUCUUCAAUGUACAGACAUAGAGCAAUCCCUAUCUGGAAGCAAUUCCCCUACAUUCCCUCAGGAGCAGAACAUUCGUUAUAUGUCCAUUAGUUAUUUUUUUGCAGGCAACUGGUUAGAUAGUGGUCAGAAUGUGUGUGUGUGUGUGUGUAGGGGAAGGGAGGGGAGCUGAUGGCUUUGCCCUCCUUCCUCCCUGCUGUCAGUGGCAGUUUCAGCUGCCCUGGCCUCAGUGACGUGGGGAUAAAGAGCUGACAUAGGCUUUCCAUUGUGAAUUAUACAAUACCUGACUGCUGUUUCAGUAAGACAGGUGUUGCAUAAAGUCAUGCAACAUAUAUUGGAUCAUAAUUUUUUUAAAAUCCAAUAAGUGAAUCUGAAUGGUUGUACAAAUUAAUGGGAUUAUCCAUACUCUUUUUGAUGUUCUGAGAUCAACUUUUCCAGAUUUUAACAAAUUAUGCUGGAAAUGUUAUAUAGCAAUUUUCUCAGACUUUUUCAAACUGGCUCCUCAAUAAAGUUAAUCAGUAAACUUUAUAACCUCUGGCCUAGUGUUUCCUUGGCUGGUCUUAGAGGAAGUUUUUAUUUUCACUUGUGAGUAAAGACUUGGGAAGUUAAGGAAGCAGGAGAGAGCCAUACUGGAUGAAGGAACUAGAUUUGUCUUUUAAAUGGUCAGAUUAACAGCCCCUCAAGGUUUACUUCCCGAGGCAAUGACUUCCCCAGUGCAAGAUUCCGAUGUGUCACCCUAUUCACAGUACAGCGCUGUGCACUUUUCUCCAGUGCAGCCUCCCAUUUCUUCACCACCUUAUUACUCCAGCCUUGGCUUCUAUCCCCAACAGCCUGAAGAAUGGUAUUCACCUAUAAUGUAUGAGUUCAGAAAACUACCCUCUGAUAACUUUCCCCUAAAGGAGCCAGACCUCGAGGGAAUGCCUGUAGCCAAGAAGACUCGAAUGGGUCCUUCGGGGGGACGAACGAAAGGAGAGGAGUUGUGCGUGGUCUGUGGUGACAAGGCCUCUGGGUACCAUUAUAAUGCCCUGACUUGUGAAGGAUGCAAAGGCUUCUUCAGAAGAAGUAUCACCAAAAAUGCUGUAUACAAGUGCAAAAAUGGAGGGAACUGUGAGAUGGACAUGUAUAUGAGGAGAAAGUGUCAGAAGUGCCGUCUUCAGAAGUGCAAGGAAGUAGGAAUGCUGGCAGAGUGUUUGUUAACAGAAAUACAGUGCAAGUCAAAACGGCUUAGGAAAAAUAUAUCACAGCCUGUAGAUCAGACAACUGGUGAAGAUACCGAGGGACCUGACUUGAAGCAAAUGCCAUCUACAACCAAACUCUACAAGGAGAAAGUAGAACUAACCCCAGAACAGCAGAAGCUUCUUCACUAUAUCAUGGAUUCAUAUAAUAAACAGCGAAUCCCUCCCGAAGUGUCUAAAAAGCUUUUGCAAGAGGAAUUCAGCGCUGAAGAAAAUUUUCUUAUCUUAACGGAAAUGGCCACCAGUCAUGUACAGGUCCUUGUGGAAUUCACCAAAAGAUUGCCAGGUUUUCAAACCCUGGACCAUGAGGAUCAGAUCGCUUUGCUGAAGGGUUCAGCUGUAGAAGCCAUGUUCCUUCGGUCAGCUGAGAUCUUCAACAGGAAACUUCCUGUAGGACACGCUGACCUCCUGGAAGAAAGAAUUCGUAACAGCGGCAUCUCAGAUGAAUAUAUAAUACCAAUGUUCAAUUUCUAUAAAAGUGUUGGGGAACUGAAGAUGAGACAAGAAGAAUAUGCUCUACUCACAGCAAUAGUUAUCUUAUCUCCAGACCGGCAAUACAUACAGGACAGAGAGUCUGUGGAAAAGCUUCAAGAGCCACUGUUGGAAGUUCUGCAAAAAUUCUGCAAGCUUUAUCACACGGAUAGUCCUCAGCACUUUGCAUGUCUCCUGGGUCGUCUUACAGAACUGCGGACUUUUAAUCACCACCAUGCAGAUAUGCUGAUGUCUUGGCGAGUGAAUGAUCACAAGUUUACACCUCUUCUUUGUGAAAUAUGGGAUGUACAGUGAUAAAAAAAAUGGGUUUGGAUGUAAUUUGGAACUUGGAACCAAUGGAACUUCAUAAACAUGUAUUCAGGACUGGGUUCCUUGUUUUGCAUUUUUUAAAGCACCCAAAAAGCACCUGUAAUAAGUAUUUCUUACGGGAGUUUACAUUGGAUGUUAUUUACCAAGCAUUACCGUAUGUAAAAGACUUUCACAUGGGAAGCUGGAUUAAGUGCCGUGGCCUCUAAGCCUCUUGGAACAAAACUGAACUCCUUCCUGCCCAAAGCAGGCAUCCUGUUAUACCUUUCGAAAUUAAACUGAUUGUAUCUCACUUUCUUCAUUUCAAAUGCCUGAGAAGAUUAUCAAGCUUGUUCAUCAUACUCUACUUAUUCUAAAUGUUUCAUUAAUAUACAAUGUUGUAGCUGUUGUAAGAAUUCAGGAAAAAUGACUCUGCCCAAACAUGUCUUGCUUUAAAUGUCAAAAUACUAAGUUGCGGUUUUAAGUGCUAUUUUUUUCUCCUUUCCAGAGGAUGACUCUAACAGAAGUGGUGAUCUAUUAUAUAUUUUGGAAAGUGGUUUGUUGGUCUGUCUGUCCAUUCUCUAUGCAUUUGGACCCCUCUUUGUCACUCAAUUUGGCAUGACACAUCCUGAGAUAGAGGAUUUUGAAAGUGCGUUUUGCUCUACAUUUGGAAACUGUCAGGUGCCAUGUUGAAUCAAGAUAGCUGACCAAACCAUUCCAAAUUUUGCUGAUUUGGACAUGUAUGAAGAUAGCACUGCACAAUAUGGUGUGUUGGUUGCUAAGAUGUAGGGAGAGGUUCUGAUCUAUAUUUGGAUAACUUUGGAUGUGGUUUUUGAAUCAAGAAGGUAGAUUGAAUCAUUCAAAACUGCACUGAUGAUAUUAACCAAAUGUGACAGGAAACUAAUACAUGUCUUUGCACCCGAUAUCUGAUUUGGGCCAAUUCAAGAUCUGGGCUUUGAUUGAGGUGGAGUCAGUCCUGAGUCAGCCUGGUUUGGGCUGCCUGCAGCAGUCUGGAGUUGUUACGGGUCAGGGCAGUAGGUGGGAAGAGAGGCAUGGCACCUCUGCAAAGAGCAGUGAGGGGCUAUUUCCAGCUGGUGACUGGAUGGUGCAAUCUGGCUGGGUGCAGGGCUCUGCUUUGCCAGCAUGUUACCCACAGGGAACACACUGGGGAGGCAGAUCUUCGCAAGACUGAAAAACGGGUGGCCAAGACUCCUGUUGAUGUUUGUGCAACAUGUGGAGUCCUAAUCCAGCUGCCCAUCAAAGAAAGUCUAUUCUAGCACAAUGGCCAGCCAGGACAUCUGUGACAUUGGCUCAGGGUGAAAUACACCCUACAAAGCAGAUGAGGAAUCAUUUGGCUGGGCUAGAUCUUAGCCCUCCUAACACUAGAUAUAACCAGCUUGUAGUUUGGAACAUAUCCCAAACACCCAUGUUUGUCUGAGCAGAAAGCAAGCAUUGUAUUCCCAAAACGCCAGAGAGUGCCAAUAGCCAAUUCCCAUAAUUGUCAACUCAAGUCCUGAUCCUGAGCAGGGCUGGGAAGUGUUACAGACACUUUCUAUCUUUAACAAGUCCUUACCACAAAGUAUGGUUAAUGUGGCACAGCUACCAAGUAAACCUCCUGUUCCCUGGAUAAUACACAUGGAGGCAGAUCACAUCCUCCCAGAUCAGGGAUCGGGAAGCUGUGGCACCUCCCUAUGUACAUUUAUCACAUGGCAUGUAAGAAGUCGCAUAGGUGUUAAAAGCCUACAAACAUCCUAACCAUGUGUACUCAGAAGUAACUUCUAUUAAAUUCAGAGGGGCUUACUUGUAGGUAAACGGGGUGAAGGGGGCAACAUAUUUCCUUGCAUGACACGUUUAUAUUGGCCCAUACAGGUAAUCUACAGUAUGUUGUUGUUAUCUGUAUUUUUAAUAGAUUUUCGAUAUAUACUGUUUUAAUUCUAUUAGUGUUUCCUUUCUAUUGAUACCUUUUCUAUGUUUUUAGCAUUUUCUAUUCUAUCUGUCAGCAGCCUCGAGGUGGGAUAUAAAUUAAUAUCACCACCAUCAUCAUUUAGCGUUCUUGCCACCCCAGUGGUUGGCGUGGACCUGGAUGGUACCGUAUGCAACUGGCAAUCUAAAGCAUACAUUGAACCAUGCGGAGAAUGCUUACACGCGUAGGCAGGCCGGGUGCUUGUUUCCUACAAGGGUAGAGAGUUCCACCGCAGAAGCCUGCGCACACGCUUCCUUGCAAUGCGCUUCUCCUGCCUGGUUCCGCCUGGAGCCUAGGAGAGAAGGCAUCACCAGGUAGCUCCUCUCUGGUUCCAAAGUCCAGAGCGGCCCGUACCCGCAGGCGAAAACCUUCGCGACGAAGCGUCUUUCCUCGCCCCACUAUCCUCUCCCAGCUGGGCCCGGCGGAAGCUUUACAGCGGCUGCGGCAGCAGCGCCCAGCGCCCGAGGAGGAGCGGCUGCGGGGCUGGA